AUGGGCUCUCGCAAGCCACUCACCUCAAAAGUUGGCUUUGAUGACUGUUUCCAAGGUUUGGCGGUACAGUUUGAAACGAAUAACCGGAGUUUCAGGGUCCAGCGCGAUGGUGUGGUGUAUGCAACUGAAAACAUUCACCUCUCCGGGAAACAGCUGAAGUUUGUGGUCACAGCACGGAGAAUGGAGAGCCCUGAACAAUGGAAAACUGUUGUCAAAUUGACCGUGAAACCUGAAGGAAGCACCAGGCAGAAAGGACAGCAGACUUGGAAGCCGAGUAAUGCUGUCCUACCUCAGAACGUUCCGGACAUCUUUUUCCCACGAUUCCAGCCGGAAUACCCGGGUCAUCUGAAACGUCAGAAGAGAGACUGGGUCAUUCCACCAAUCAAUGUUCCUGAAAAUUCUCGUGGUCCCUUCCCUCAGGACUUGGUCACGAUCCGCUCUGACCGUGAUAAAAACCGUUCGCUACGCUACAGUGUCACGGGGCCAGGGGCAGAUCAACCACCAGCUGGAAUCUUCAGCAUUAAUCCUAUCUCCGGUCAGCUCGUUGUGACAAAACCUCUGGAUCGUGAACAGAGAGCUUCGUACCACCUACGAGCCCACGCAGUGGAUCUGAAUGGAAAUCAAGUGGAAAAUCCAAUUGACAUAGUUAUCAACGUCAUUGACAUGAACGAUAACCGGCCAGAGUUUCUGCAUCAAGUGUGGAAUGGUUCUGUCCCAGAAGGAUCGAAGCCAGGAACGUUUGUGAUGGCGGUCACUGCGGUAGAUGCUGACGAUCCUAAUUCCGCCAAUGGCUUGUUGAGAUAUAAAAUUCUGUCUCAAAUGCCAAACAGCCCGUCUCCAAACAUGUUCACAAUCAAUAACCAGACGGGCGAUAUCGUCACUGUAGCAGCUGGCCUUGACAGAGAGAAAGUUCCGCAGUACACAUUAAUCAUCCAGGCCACCGAUAUGGAGGGUAGCCCCACAUACGGCCUCUCCAACACUGCAACCGCGGUCAUUAAAGUCACCGACGUCAACGACAACCCUCCAGAGUUCACCACUGCCACGUUCUAUGGAGAAGUACCAGAAAAUAGAGUUGAUGUAAUUGUUUCAAACCUGACUGUAACGGAUAAGGAUCACCCUCACACUGCAGCCUGGUUUGCAGUUUAUAAGAUAACCAGUGGAGACCCUUCAGGACACUUUGCUGUGCCAACCGACCCCAUCAGUAAUGAUGGUCUGGUAACAGUUGUCAAGCCUAUUGAUUAUGAAAGCAGCAGAGCCUUUGUACUGACAGUCAUUGCUGUAAAUCAGGAGCCUUUGACAAAAGGCAUUCAGCUCCCUCCUCAAUCAACAGCCACUGUAUCCAUUACCGUUAUUGAUCUCAAUGAGAGCCCGUACUUUGUUCCAAACCCGAAGCUGAUCAGGCAGGAAGAGGGCCUACCUGAGGGCAAACUCCUCACCAUCUUCACAGCAGAGGACCCAGAUCGCUACAUGCAGCAGACGAUCAGAUACUCGAAGUUGUCGGAUCCAGCAAACUGGCUCAAAAUUGAUCCAAUCAGAGGUCAAGUCACCACCAUCGCCACACUGGAUCGCGAGUCCCCUUACGUUAAAAAUAACAUGUACAAUGCAACGUUCCUGGCAUCAGACAGUGGCAUCCCCCCAGCAAGUGGGACAGGCACCCUCCAGAUCUACCUGCUCGACAUCAAUGACAACGCGCCACAGAUCUUCCCCGAGGAGGUUUCCAUUUGCGAGAAGCCGGAUCCAAAUGCCAUCAACAUCACCGCCACCGACGCCGACAUCGACCCGAACACGGGACCAUUUGCCUUCGAGCUCCCCGACAGCCCGGGAGACAUCAGGAGGAACUGGACCAUAACUCGGCUGAGUGGUGAUUAUGCGCAGUUGAGACUGAAGAUUGGAAUCCUUGAUGAUGGCAUUUAUGACGUGCCUAUAAUGAUCAUGGACUCUGGAAACCCUCCCAUGUCUGCCACCUCGGUUCUCCUUGUCAAAGUCUGCCCGUGUGAUGAAAACGGUGACUGUACAUCGGUCCAAGCGAUUGUUGCUGCUGGCUUGGGAACUGGGGCUAUCAUUGCCAUUCUGCUGUGCAUCAUCAUCCUGCUCAUCUUAGUCUUGCUGUUUGUCAUCUGGAUGAAGAGACGUGACAAGGAACGCCAGGCCAAGCAAUUACUCAUUGAUCCAGAGGAUGAUGUGAGGGACAACAUCCUGAAAUAUGAUGAGGAGGGAGGUGGUGAGGAAGAUCAGGAUUAUGACCUGAGCCAGCUCCAACAGCCUGAUGCGGUAGAACCCGAUGCAAUCAAACCCAUUGGGAUCCGGCGAGUGGACGAACGGCCGAUUCAUGCUGAGCCUCAGUAUCCUGUCCGCUCUGCCGCCCCUCACCCCGGUGACAUCGGAGACUUCAUCAACGAGGGGCUCAAGGCCGCAGACAACGAUCCCACAGCACCUCCUUACGACUCGUUGCUGGUGUUCGACUACGAGGGAAGCGGUUCCACGGCAGGGUCUUUGAGUUCGCUCAACUCGACAAGUUCUGGGGGAGACCAGGACUACGACUAUCUGAAUGACUGGGGCCCGCGAUUUAAGAAGCUGGCAGACAUGUACGGUGGAGGCAGCGACUGCUAGGCACUCUCUUCUCUCCAGCGCAAGUGGGAACGUUUGCAGACUCUUUUUAAAGAACUUCUGACUGAUUUGUUUCCAGCAGCAGCCAACACAAAUACAAACACACACACACAAAAAAAAAGAGCUAGGCUUUUACAUGUUAGUCAACUUGUUAAAACGCACGUUGAGAGCUACGGUACAGGCUGCAAACUACUUGCGUGAAUGGAGUUAUUGGUAAACUGACACUGUUUUAAAGGAAAUAUUGAUGAGAGCUCUGUUACACUUGAAUCUCAAAGUACAGAAGCACCGGGAUUUUGUGCCUUUUUGUACACUUUUUUGAUCUCCAGAAUCAUUAGAUUUAUGUUACACGCUUUAAAAGUACCUGUGACAUUUCUGAAGUGAUAAUCCUCUUUUUUUCUUGAUCCUCUCCAAUUGCAGCACAGUGGAGGGGCUUACACAAAGCUCAGUUAGACAACGUUGAGCUAUUCUCUGCUUUUAGUUUAAAUAAGAUGCUAAAGACACCAAAUCUUUUUCUUUUUACAAAAAAAAAAGAAGCAAGUACCGCUUUUUGUUUCAGCGGGGAAAGUGAGCAGAUUUCAGAUCACAGAUUUUCAGAAGCACUGCAGUGAAUUGAAACAGGCUGAGACUUACUGAAGGUUAUCAGUGUCCCCUGAUGUUCGUCACGGCACUGUGAAACUUACAUUUUCUCAAGCCAGAGAAGAAAAUGAGAGUUUAAUUUCAGCCUCGAGCUGAAAAGUGGUAUUAAUUUUUUUUUUUUGUUUUUUUUUUCUGUUUGUACAAAAAGAAAGUGUACAUAAUGUUCGGAGACCUAUUCGACAGACCAGUUCCAAACCUUCAGAUCAUGUCGUCAGGAAAAAAAAGAGAGAAACUUUGGGCGAUUCAGAUUUUUCUUUUUUGCAUGUUUUUACCGUUUGUUUUCACGAAGGGGAUAGGUAUUGAUGAGGAAAUGCUUUUGGAGCAAGUGAUGUUGACCAGUUUGAAAACUUAGAUAGACCAUGACAACUAUUUUUCUUUUCUAAAUUCUUAAUUAGCACAAAUGUUUUACAUGAUUUGUACCAAAUACGAAGAGGGGUGGGGGAAGAUGCUGGUGGAACACAGAUUAAAGAACAGCUUUUGAACCAGGAGAAAAUUGUGACAAUGGCUUUUGCCAGUUUUACUGUGUACCAGAAUCAGAACAUUACACCUCUGGCCCGGAUAUAAAUUAAAGGCUACUUUUUGAA